AAGAAUGCCUUAGAAGAGUUGUGAAAACAGCCAGCCCGAGGAGGGGAGUCAUGCAGUUAGCGGAUGCAGCUCUCCCGCCGAGCCACAAGCCAGUCAGAUCAGUCGGUGAGAGGUAGAGGAGCAAGAGAGAGAGUGUGUGUGUGAGAGAGAGGACAGCACGGACAGAGAGGGGGGGAAAGUGUGUGAGAGGACCCGAGGCUCCGAAAAGGACGUCACACUCGCUCCCAGAGAGAGAGAGAGAGAGAGAGAGAGAGAGAGGGAAACAACGCGCUGUCACAGGAAGGCGUCUGUCCUCGCACUGUGGAAGAGUCAACAGCCUGCAGUGAGACCAUGAUGUGCAUUUAGGCAGCUGAGGGGGAUUUUUUCUCACAUUUCCAACUCCUAAUUAGAAGAACUUCUCCACAAGGGAAAAAUACUUUGACUCUGAUCAAGACUUUGUGAGGUUUCUGCGUCAUUAUGGAUCAACCGGCCAGCAGCUGCAUGCGGAGCGCCCACCCCAGCAGCUCCAUCUGGGGCUGCAUGAGGAACCCUCACUCGGGCGUCCCAGGAGCCAACCUGCAGUCGCCCUACCAGCAGGCCCCUUUCUCCCUGCACCAGAAGCCCGAGUUCCUGACCUACACGGACUUCACCAGCUCCUGCCUGGUGCCGCCGGCCCCUCACGCCGCCUACCCCCGAGACGACAGACUGUACCAGGAGAGCCAGGCUUACCAGAGGGCCGACUGGCAGUUCAACCCCUGCGAGACGCGGGUGAGAGCGCCCGAGGCCUGCCCCCCGCCCGUCGUCGCGCCCGUAGCGGUGUGCGCAAACGGAGGCCCCGACCUGGAGAACUCUGUAGUGGGGGGAGACAGGCUGCCGGGAGCUGCGUCCGGCUGCCUCGAGGGAGAGUACUCGCCGCAGAGCGUGGCGUCGGCCGACUCGGACAAGAAGAGCUCCAGUAAGAGGAAGAGAGAUGUCACAGAUAUCCAGGAUUCCAGUUUUAAGGUGGACUCCAGCUGCAAGGCGAGGAAAGAGCGCACGGCGUUCACCAAAGAGCAGCUGAGAGAGCUGGAAGCCGAGUUCACCCACCACAACUACCUGACCAGACUCCGGCGCUACGAGAUCGCCGUCAACCUGGACCUCACAGAGAGACAGGUGAAAGUGUGGUUCCAGAACAGGAGGAUGAAGUGGAAGAGGGUAAAGGGAGGACAGUCCUCUUCCCCCAACGACCUGGAAAACGACGACAUAGACUCGGCUGCCUCGCCCAGCUCUGAGUGAAAACAGCUGGUCUGCAUUUUGUGAAAGAGAUGUGAACGAAAUAUAAACCCAAAAGGACAACUGGACAUCUUGUGGAACCCUUUUUUUUUUUUUUUUGGAAAGCUGCAGGAAUCACAACAAUUUUUAGAAACUCUUAAAUUCCAAAGGAGAAAU